AUGAAAGUCAGCUCUCCCUCCCUUUCUUCACCCUUGUGGGGUGUGCAGUUAAUUCUUUUCCCCGCUGUGUCUUCUCAUAAGUCUCACCAGACUUUGAGGAUCAAGCGAUUGCUCGCCAAAAAACAAAAGCAGAAUCGUCCCCUUCCCCAGUGGGUUCUCAUGAAAACUGGUAAUGGAAUGAGGUACAGCUCCAAGAGGAGACACUGGCGAGGGGCCGAGCCAGGUCUGUAAGGACUCACACGUGAGGUGACACACACACACACGCUGCGUCAGGUCACUGGCAUCUUCCUGUGUCAGGCUGAGGCCUCACCACCAUCUGGACAGUUAGACGUGU